UUUUCGUGGACCAAUGAGACACAACCAGGAAGCUCGACAAUGUUUCAACGUAAACGCUGUUAGGAGGAAUAUUUGCAAAAGAAGACUAGUUUAAAUUCGGCACUCUGAUAUACCUACCUUGUAUGGAUCUUUGGUGGCUUGUCUGAACAUUGGUUCUCUGGCUUUUUUAAUGUGCUGCUUUUAACGACAUUUCUGUGUUUCUAAUUUGCUAAACACCGUCACCGGACACAUGUGUAAAGUUCAUCUGCGCUGCUAACGGAAUGGAGGUAAAGGAGGUAGACAGGUGUUGCUGUGUAGUCAAGGCGUCAGAGGCUUUUUCAGCAAAGAAAUCUGUGAGUUGCAGCGGAGUUAUCGUCCAUCCUCAGACUGGAACUGUGAUAUGUACUGGCUUCCCGUUUACUCGUUUUAUAAUUGAUAAAAAAUCACUUUCCCCAAACCAUAGGAUCCUGUCACCGCACAGCUUCAGCGAAAAACUUAAAAUCCGCGUCAGCUUUUGUAGCCGUCGAGAUUUGGAUGCCAACCAGUGCGUACAGGGAGAAGCAUUCACACCGUCCAAAAGCAAAACAGCACGACAGCAGGAAGUUGCAGCCGAGUUGCUGAUGCUGGUGAAUUGCCUGGAGUUCAAAGAGGCUUUCCAGGCACUUUUCCAGGAGACUGACCAGUGGCGUUUCCAUGGUGAUGAAGUGGAUGAGGAGCUGAUCAGAGAUGCUCAGUUCCUCAGCUGGUUUGCUGUACUUAAGACAGCUGUGGCAGCUGACAGUAGCCCACAUUCAGGGACCAUCCCCUGGCAGAGCAGCUUGUCUCUCCAGAAGGGCUGUCCGGUUGUUGCAUGUGGCUCACCUUUUGGCUCCCUUUGCUUAGAUCUCUUCAUCAGUGCCCUCAGCAGAGGUAUCAUCAGUAACCUUGCUGGAGAGGAGAAUGCUGUCAUCCUCACUGAUGCCCGUUGCUUGCCAGGCACAGAGGGUGGAGGCUUGUUUGUGGUGGAAGGUGCAGACAGCGUGUGUCUCACUGGGCUGAUUGUGUCUCCAUUUGGCUGGAAGGCAAAUGAAUGGAUAGGUCUCACUUUAGUCUGCUCUGUCCACGUGAUCUUCAGGAAUAUCAUCACAUGCAUAAGUGGUCAAGAUCUGCUCCGAGAUGUUUGGCUCCAUUCCGGGGUGGUAGGUCUUCACUUGUCCACCACAGCCCAUGAAUCAAAAGCUGUUAAAUAUCCUACUGUGUGCUUUGUGGACAGUGGACACUUCUGGGGCUCAGGGGUUGUAAUUACCUCACAGCUAGUUGUGACCUGUCGGCAUGUUGUCAGCGGGAAGUCCACAGUCACCUUGAAGUUCCAUCACAGGGGCAGAGUCCAUGCUUGUGUGGGUGAUGUGCUGUUUUCCACAAAAGCAUCUUCACCAUAUGAUCUGGCUUUGGUGCAGUUACAAACCUCCUGCCCAGAGGCUGCGACCCCUCGAAUGGCCCAGAGUUUCCAUCCAGGUGAAUCUGUAGUUGUGGUGGGAUAUGGUGGGUUGGGUGGGAGCUGUGGUCCAUCCCUGACCUCUGGCGUCCUCUCCAAAGCCAUUAGCUUUAAUUACCAGCCCAUCAUGCUUCAGACCACUUGUGCAGUACAAGCAGGGGCCAGCGGUGGUGCUCUGGUGCGGACACAAACAGGAGAGCUGCUGGGUGUCGUAUCCAGCAACACAAGGGACAUGGCUGCCAAUGUGACCUACCCACACCUCAAUUUUUGCAUCCCAGUGACUGUUUUCCAGAGAUUGUUGCAGCACUUUCACCAGACAAGAGAUGUUGAUGUGUUCAGCGCAUUAGACACCGCAGAAAAAGAAGUUAUAAGGGUGUGGAGGCUACAGGGUGCUCAAAGCAAACUAUAACGAAGGACUUGUGCAGCCUCAGAUACGUUAGAGAAAAAGGUUGAGUGACUAAUCAGCUAUGGACUAUGUGUAAAAUCACAUUAGGUAAUCAAAUUGAUAUGAUGUAAUUUUUUUAACCAAAACUGGAGUUUUCAAAUAUAUAACUUAAUGUUGAUAUGCUCACAUAGUCAUGAGGUAAAUAGUGUGAAAUAUUAUAAGACUGCUUAAAUCUUAACAGGCAAGUUACUUUAAUACCUGUAAUGAUUGUACUGUAAUGUAAUUAAAUUGAUAAAAUGGUU